AUGUCGGAGCCGUACGAGGAGAGCGUGGUGGAGGCUGAGGAGUCCGAGGGGGAGUCUGCAGCAGCAGCAGCAGAGUCGGGGGCGGAGGAGGACGAGGAGGCGCGCGCAGCAGCAGAGGACCCCGCAGCAGCAGCAGCAGAGGAGGAAGCAGCAGCAGACGAAGAGCUGGGGGCCCUCGGGGGGCCCCUCGGGGGGCCCCCCGGCGCGGGGCCCCAGGCCGUGACCCUCGGCGAGGCCCCCGAGCUGGGCGAAGUUGCUGAAGUUGUUGUUGUGGCCACAAGUUUGGGGUCCAUAAAGCGGCAGUUCUUCAGCAGCAAACGAGUGCAGCACUUCCUGGACUGCAAGGGCAUUGUUUACUUCCUCAUUGACUGCAACAGGGACACCUCCGCCGCCAUGAACCUGAAGGACAUCGAAUUGUUUAAGGAGUGGAAGGCUCAGGGCAUUCUCCGCACAGUAGAAAACCCUAACAGCGAAACGGGAGAGCCCGAAGUGGAGCUGCCCCAAGUGCUGGUCGACGGCGUCGUCUUGGGCGGAGAGAAUGAGCUGCAGGAGUUGGAAGAAGAUGGGGACUUGGGUAAACCCUAA